UUAAGGAAACUGGGAGGGGCCAGGUUGCCAAGUGGAGAAAGUUUAGGCUCGGCGUCUGAGGCCUCCAAAGCCGUUUUAUCCCGGUGAGGCAGCCGGAGCAGGAAGCAAGCGGACGCUGCGCGCAGACAGGCGGCGCUUUCCCGACAAUCGAGGAGGCAGAGUCUGCUGCCCGCGAGAAGGCCCCGCGUGGAACUGGUCCCUCCCGGCAGCCGCUGCCACCUCAACUUACAGUCAAGUCACGCCGAGGAGCGGGUGGCUGAAGCCAUACCAUUUUGUAGAAUUAAUGGAGAGCAGAAAAGAUAUCACAAAUCAAGAAGAACUCUGGAAAAUGAAGCCUAGGAGAAACCUAGAAGAAGAUGUUCAUUUGAAUAAGGACUUGGGAGAUACCAGCAUGCUGAAAAGACCUGUGCUUUUGCAUUUGCACCAAACAACCCCUUUUGAUGAAUUUGAUUGCCCCCCAGAACUUAAACAUGAACAAGAACUCUUUCCAAAAUGGCGUUUGCCAGUUAAAAUAGCUUCUAUCAUAGCGUUUCUGACUUUUCUCUAUACUCUUUUGAGGGAAAUAAUUCACCCUCUUGUAACUACCCAUCAACAAUAUUUUUAUAAAAUUCCAAUCCUAGUCAUCAACAAAGUGUUGCCCAUGGUUUCCAUCACACUCUUGGCAUUAGUUUAUUUGCCAGGUGUGAUAGCAGCAAUAGUACAGCUUCAUAAUGGAACCAAGUAUAAGAAAUUUCCAAAUUGGCUGGAUAGCUGGUUGUUAACAAGAAAGCAAUUUGGGCUUCUCAGUUUCUUUUUUGCUGUACUGCAUGCAAUUUAUAGUCUGUCCUAUCCAAUGAGGAGAUCCUACAGAUACAAGUUGCUAAACUGGGCAUACCAACAGGUCCAGCAAAAUAAAGAAGAUGCUUGGAUUGAACAUGAUGUUUGGAGAAUGGAAAUUUAUGUGUCUCUGGGAAUUGUGGGACUUGCGAUACUGGCUCUGUUGGCUGUUACAUCUAUUCCCUCUGUGAGCAACUCUUUGACAUGGAGAGAAUUUCACUAUAUUCAGAGCAAACUAGGAAUUGUUUCCCUUCUACUGGCCACAAUACAUGCAUUGAUUUUUGCCUGGAAUAAAUGGGUAGAUAUAAAACAAUUUGGGUGGCAUACACCUCCAACCUUUAUGAUAGCAGUUUUCCUUCCAACUGUUGUCCUGGUAUGUAAAGCCAUACUAUUCCUGCCAUGCUUCAGGAGGAAGAUAUUGAAGAUUAGACAUGGUUGGGAAGAUGUCACCAAAAUUAAUAAAACGGAGGUAUCUACCCAGUUUUAAAAGUACUAUUUAAAUACAUUUUUGUUCAAUAUUGAUACAUUUUAUCAUGAAACAUUUCAAAUUUGUAUUUGUUUAAUAAAAUGACCAUUUGAGUGUCUUAAUUUA